GAUUUAGAGAUAGAGAGGGAGGGAGAAGGAGGGACUCAUUGCCUUUUGUUCUAUUGGGUCCCUACAACUCUUUUCACCUCUAACUUGUGAUCUCAGAUCUCUACUUCUGGCCUUGGCCUAAAUGGUUUCAUCAGCGAGGAUGCAGACCGACCAAGAGAAGUCGCUCGAUGAUUGGCUCCCGAUCACGUCAAACCGGAAUGCCAAGUGGUGGUACUCCGCCUUCCACAAUGUCACAGCGAUGGUCGGCGCUGGUGUUCUCAGCUUACCGUAUGCCAUGGCACAUCUUGGAUGGGGUCCUGGUGUGGUAGUGCUUGUUUUGUCAUGGGUCAUAACCUUGUACACCCUUUGGCAAAUGGUGGAAAUGCAUGAGAUGGUGCCCGGGAAACGAUUCGAUCGGUACCAUGAGCUUGGCCAGCAUGCGUUUGGAGAAAAGCUUGGCCUCUGGAUUGUGGUUCCCCAACAGGUGGUGGUGGAGGUUGGCACAUGCAUUGUCUACAUGGUCACCGGUGGAAAAUCUCUACAAAAAUUCCAUAAUGUUGUAUGCCCUGACUGCAAAUCCAUCAAGCUAAGCUAUUUUAUUAUGAUCUUUGCCUCUGUGCACUUCGUUCUCUCCCAACUUCCCAACUUCAAUUCGAUGUCGGGUGUCUCCUUGGCUGCUGCAGUCAUGUCCCUCAGUUACUCCACCAUUGCUUGGGGAGCUGCUGUUGAUAAGGGUCAGCAAGAAGGGGUGGACUAUAGCUUCAAAGAUUCAACCACAUCGGGAGUUGUCUUUGGCUUCGUGAGUGCAUUGGGAGAUGUUGCUUUUGCCUUUGCAGGGCACAAUGUUGUCUUGGAGAUACAAGCAACCAUUCCUUCUACGCCCGAGAAGCCUUCGAAGAAACCCAUGUGGAAGGGUGUUAUUGUAGCUUAUAUCAUAGUUGCCAUCUGCUACUUCCCUGUUGCUUUGAUCGGAUACUGGUCUUUUGGCAAUGCAGUUGAUGACAACAUUCUCAUUUCAUUGGAGAGGCCGAGGUGGCUCAUUGCAGCUGCUAACAUGUUCGUUGUGAUUCAUGUUAUUGGAGGCUAUCAGAUUUAUGCCAUGCCUGUGUUUGACAUGAUGGAAACAAUGCUCGUGAAGAAACUUCAUUUCUCUCCUAGCAUUGCUCUACGUUUAGUUGCACGGACUUUAUUUGUUGCUCUUACAAUGUUCAUUGGUAUAUGCAUCCCCUUCUUUGGUGGGUUGCUUGGAUUCUUUGGAGGCUUUGCAUUGGCUCCAACAACUUACUAUCUUCCAUGCAUCAUGUGGCUGGUCAUCUACAAGCCUAGAAAGUUCAGCUUAUCUUGGAUCACAAAUUGGAUCUGCAUUAUUCUUGGAGUCAUUUUGAUGAUUUUAGCACCAAUUGGAGGACUAAGGACAAUCAUACUUAAUGCAAAGAAUUACCAGUUCUUCUCAUAACUUUGCUGAUCAAGAAUACUAGUGUCUCAUGUAAAUGGGAUCAUUGAAGUCAAAUGACAGUGUCGACAUGCUGAAAAAUUUCCUUCUCAUGGCAAAAGUUCUUUGUGUUCAUAUUACAAAGUCUGGUAAUUUAUUUGUUUAGAGAAGAAUCUUAUCUGCAUGAGGCCAAGAGUGGAGGAUUUCCUAUUUACUGCCUCAAUUGGAUGUAUAUUGUCAUCUUCAUUCUCUUGUUCAAAUUAUCCUUUAUAUCAAAUUUUUUUAACAUUCUAAUGUACAAGCUAGUAAUUAUCAAGCUCAUGUGCUUUUUGAUGUCUUUUU